UGACUCAGUCCCUCUGUCAAUGGCUCAAUGCAGUCGCCCGCAAGCGCUCUACCUUGGUGCUCGGAAUCCGCGCUUUUCUUUUAAUAUUUAUCUUCAGUUUUUAGCAGAGAAAAAAUUUUCAUUCCAACAUGUCUCACAACGUCACUAUCAUGAGGACGACUACUAUGACGACGGGAGGGAAUACAAUUUUUUAUAAUACCAACUACCUUGGUACACUACCGGGAUUGCUGAAACUCGCACAGUUGCUAUUGGGAGCAGCGUGUGUCGGCGUAGUUGGUUAUUACUUGGAACCGGGAUAUGUACGCUAUAAUGGACAAAAGCCCGAAUUGUUCUACCUACUUGUUUCGGUGACAUUCCUAAUCGGCACAUUUUGUAUACUAUUGUCCUGUCUGAUGUCAUUAUCAACAGCUUCAAUCAUGUCUAAAACUUUAUAUGAAGUGAUAUAUCACGGCGUUGCAUUUAUCCUGUACCUUUCGGCGGGUCUCACGCUUAUGAUUGAAGUAAAUCAUCAGAAAAGCAGCUAUAGGCGAGACUUCGAACCUUAUUUAGCGGCGGCGGUAAUGGGGCUGGUAAUGGCUGCUCUGUACUUGCUGAGUACAGUCUUGGCAAAUCGUUCUUAUCGCGGUUUUUAAUUUUAAUACGUGACAAAAUACAAGUUUAAUUGUUUGCAGGCAGUUCCUGAAUUUAACAAUUUUGUAAGAAUAUUGUAAUUUGCGACAAUUUUUUACUGUUCACAAAUAAGCUUAAAAUGCAACUGUCGUAUGUCAUGCUUGCCCUUUGUGAAUCAAGUAAGUAUUGUUAUUGUAUAACGGUAGAAUAUUUCAAGAAUACAUUUUAACAUACAGUAUAAGUACCGUCUUGCAAAGGCCUUAUAAGAUUUUUUAAGUAUAAAAUCUCUACCUUUAUGUACAAUGUUUUUAUAAGGAAGUUGUUUUGAUGUAA